AUGCGGAGGAAGGAGGUCCCGAGAAUCGAACUGGGGACCUUUGGAUUACCAGCUUUAGGCUUGACCGAUCUCGCGUCUAUCAUUUCGAGUGCUGCACGUCUGCUUACUGUUGAGAAUGAGGUGACCGUCAAGGAGGCUGAAGAGAGUGUCCUUGCUGACGUUAAUACAAUCCUCGAUAGGAUAUGUCUAUCAACUCCAGAGAGUCUUUAUAGUGCAGCCAGUGCCUUUCACACGUUAACUCUAUUCGAUGGUAUAGUCAAGGACACACCAGAGAUGAUGGAGGCAGCCUCGAGGAAUUUCCUACUAGCACUUGAUCGAGACUCCAACGUGCUUCGUAGCACAGUGCCUGGUCCGGUACCCAGGAUGCGGCUGAAUAAACAGCCACCGGCUCGACGGGAGCCUCCUGAGGGGCCUGAGGAGCUUAUGAAGGUAGGCUUCAGUGCUGAGAAAGGUGAUGAUGAUGAUGAUGAGGAAGAUGUCUCUACGAUGGAUGUGGAGCUGGAAGCAGAGAAUGAGACGGAACUAGGGGAAGAGGUAGUAGUAGAGGGGAUGUCCGUCCUGGAUGCUACUUCGAUGAUGGGUCUUGGACAAGAGGAUGAGGAAGUUGUUAGGGAUGAUGAUGUUAUCCUACAUAGGCUCCAAAGAGAACGUACUACUGGGUUGAAUAAUAAGAACAGACCUGUGGCACCAGUGGAUGCAAUAGCAGCUAGGAAUAGAGUAGUUUCGGUAGUUGCGAUAGCUGUGGGUAGUUUGGGUAGAAUAUGGACACAAUUGAAUAAGGGAGAUGAGGAAGAAGGAAAGAGGAAGGACGACGAAGUGAUGGUACCACAACGUCUGGUUACACCUGUGGAGACCGAGAUGCUCUCCAAAGCGGAAGACAUUAUAACCUUUGCAUGUCCUGGUCUAACGGCACCACAGCUUGUGAACUGCUUUGAGACGUAG